UCCUUCAGUUUCACUCCUGUUGCGCAGGACGCGCGCUCGGUUGUAUCCGCGUAGAUCGGCUGUGUUCGCGCCUCUGCUCGCCCGCUCUCAUUCGGACCCGCAGCCGCUGACGAAUCAUUUCAUCCGCACGAGACGAGCGCAGUCAUCAUGAGUUUAUACAACGCGCCACGCGGCGCGAACACGAUGAGCCGGCGCGCGGGAUCCCGGAGCGAUCUCAACCAGACGGCCGCGUAUCCGUACGCGCGCGCAGAGGCGGGGGCGCAGCGGGGCAGUAAUGGAUACAGUCAGAGUUUGUCCAGAGGAUCAAUGAGUGCCGGAGAAGUACCUCAGAUGAGCUCCGUCCAGCAGAGGAUUCAGUUUCUACAGAAACAGUGUCAGGAUUAUCUGGACAGAACUGCAUUACUACUGCAAUGUGGCGGAGAUCCCCGUAGUUUAGCUGAAGCUGAAAACUUUCUGGGAUCUGCUGUUGACUUCACUGAACAGCUCAGAGAAAUCUCUUUAGAGUUCAAUCAUCAGAACCUGCCAUCAGACAGCCUCAUGCACAGUGUGAAUGUGUUUUGUGAUCAGAUCAGGGAGUUGAGUGUUGAUCUGAACUCUGCUCCGCAGCAGAAGUUGAGCAGUAGAACCAUCAGACGCAGCGUGAGUCGAGAUGAACCAAAGUUCUUUACUGAAGCUAUGGCCUGGAUCACACAACAGAAGCGGCUGAUAGAGACCUCUCAAUGGGGUGAUGACUUGACAGCCAUUGGACAGCAGAUAGCCAAUCACAGCGCGUUUCAGAGCUCCAUGCAGAGAAGUGUUGAAGUGGAUCGAGCUCGGGCUGAACUGAUGAGAGGCAACGAGCAAACCCCAGAUAUAAGCAAAUCUUACCUGAAUAAACUGGAGCAGGAGUGGGACAGUCUGCAGAAAGCAGCGUAUCAGCGGGGAAAGAACUUACACGACCUGCGUAACGUCAUCGAGGACAUAUGCAAUCAGAUCAUGUGGGUGAAUGACAGAGAAGAAGAAGAGCUGGUGUUUGACUGGGCCGAUAACAACAUAGACGCAUACAUCCCGAAAAAAGAGGAGAGCUUUUCUAAGUUAAUGAGUGAAUUGGAACAAAAGGAAGUUCAUCUGAAUGUUUUGAGGGGAAAGGUGGACAUACAGCUGAAGAACAAACAUCCCGCGUCUGAUAAGAUUCAGGCGUACAUGGAGACGUUACAGAUGCAGUGGAGCUGGCUUCUGCAGAUCACCAGAUGUAUUCAAGUUCAUCUGAAGGAAAAUGCACGGUACAGUCAGUUCUUUAAAGAGACGACACAAAUGAACAGUAAACUCCAGAAAGAACACGACAACAUCCGUAAGAACUUCACCUGUGAGAAAUCCACUCCCCUUCAUUCCUUACUGGAGCUUUUACAAGAACUGGAGAGAGAACGUGAGCGUUUGACAGAACAGAAGGAGAUGGUACAACAGCUGGUGAAUAAAUCCAAAAACAUCAUCAGACUCAAACCCAGAAACCCAGAGGAGAAGAUCACGGGUCAGCGCAUCCUCGUACGGGCGCUCUGUGACUUUAGACAAGAUGAGAACACAAUUCAUAAAGGAGAUGAAGGGAUUCUGAAGGAUAACUCUGAACGGACCACAUGGCACGUGACAGGCCCGGGAGGAAUGGACAUGCAGGUGCCUUCAGUUUGUCUGAUCGUUCCGUCUCCAAAUCCACUGGCUGUCAAUCUCGCCAACAAGAAUUCUCAGUAUUACGAGGCGAUUUUAUCCGUGUGGAAUCAGCUGUACAUUAAUGUCAAGAGUAUAAUAUCAUGGCAGUACUGUAUGCUGGACAUUCAGCGGAUCAACUCCCUCACCAUCGCCAUGGUUGCCAAAAUGGGCACAGAGGAGUACAACAACAUCCUGAGGAGUAUGGAAGCACACUUUCAAGAGUUUAAGAAACACUCCGAGAAAUCAGAGCUGUUCAGUGCUGACGAUCAGAAACACAUCGAGACGCAAAUCACAGGAGCUUCACAACACUGCAACAAACUCAACGUACAACUGCCGUCAUACACUGCUCGAGGAGAGGGUUCAGAAUAUACGGUAGCUGUGAGUGUGAAGAUGUUGAAUGAACUCAACGCUCUUCACUUAAAGCUGGACAGAGCCGAGUCUUCUCUCAACACCUUCCUGUACAUCCCCGUCGGAGAGAACGCACCUGAUGAAUGCACUCGACACAUCACCACAACACAGGCCUUUCAGAGAGACGUAGAAAGCGCACGAGGAGAGUUUGUGAGGCUGAGAGACGGCGUUCAGGAUGAAGUGAAGGACACGGUGAACACUGAUAAGGGCAGAUACCUUCAGAGUCAACUGGACAUCAUCAAUCGCAGACUUCACGAGCUGGAGACGUUCAUCACUACACAUGUGCAGAGGUUACAUUCACUCAAGUCUCUGCUGAAGGGUUUACUGAACAUCCAGGAUGUUGUUAAAGUUUAUGAAGCUCGACUGACUGAGAAAGAGACGACUUCACUUGACCCAGACGACCUUCAGAAGUACCAGAAUGAGCUCAAGAGAAUGCAGAGCGACAUGGAGCAGAAGCAGGAUUUGUUGAAUUCACUGAUGCUGGAGUUGAACAGAAUUCAUCAGUUGAAUGAACAGACGGAACAGACGCGCUACAGGUGUCUAGUGAACACUGAGCAGUACACUGAACACGUCCGUCAGUUAUCAGAGCGCUGGAAACGCAUUCACGUACAGAUCAACAGCAGGUGUCAUGAUCUGGACGUUUACCUCCCGCUGCUCCGGCAGUAUCUGAACUCCAGCUCCGGUCUGAGUGAAUGGAUUAGUCAGAGACGUAUUGACACUCAACAGAGCGUGAAGACAGACGACAGCACCACUUACACUCAACGUCUCAAUCAACAGAAAGCUGUAAACUCUGAAAUAAAAUCCAAAAGAGACCUGCUGGAGACCGUCCAGAACGAUGGGAACGCCUGCAUCAGUACCAUCAAGAACUAUGAGCUGGAGUUAGCCUCUUACAGUGCUGGACUGGAAACUUUGCUCAACAUUCCCUUCAAGAGAACCCUUCUUCAAUCACCGUCAUCUGCCAUUUCACAAGAGGUGUCUUCUCUAAACGCACACUACUUGGAGUUACUCACUCGUUCAAGUGAUUACUACAAACUUCUCAUGGUCUCUCUGAAGAACAUGGAAGAAAUGAAGAUUCGCAAUACCAGGAUUGAUCUUCUCAACGAAGAGCUUCAGCAGCUGAGAGACGCCAUCAAGGACCACACAGAAACCAAUGCCGCUUUACAGAAGACCCUCUCCAAGUACCAGCAGGAGCUGAGCGAGUCCCAGGAUCAUCUGCUUUCUCUGGAGGAGGUGAAGAGGAGCCAAGCUUUAAAGUGCAUGGCCACACAGGAGAGUCUGGACUCCUCGACCAACCGUCUCCAAGAGCUCACGGAGGAAGUACGUCGCCUCAGACUCCAGCUGGAGGAGGGGGAGAGGAGGAAGACCAUCGUGGAGGAGCGCUAUACAUUUUUGCAGCAGGAGUACGACGAAAGCAUGCGUGUGAAACUGAAGGAGCUGGAGCAGGCCAACUGGGCCAAGAUGGAGCUGGAGAAGACCGUGUCCGACCGGACCCAAGAGCUGGAGCGUCUGCGCAAGGAGUUGCAGGAGGAGGCACGGCGAGUGAAGGAGGCGCAGGCUGAGCUGGCGAAGGUAAGGCAGUUGCACAGCAUAGAGAUGCAGGAGGUGAAACAGACCUUCGAGUCUAAAAUCCUCAUUACGCAAACCAGCAUGCAGAAGCUUUCUCAGCAGCAGGAGAACGAUUCGGCCUCCGUGCGUCUGGAAUGUGAACGAUUCGAGGACGAAUCUCGAGAAUUGAAGGAGCAGCUGCGGAAGCUUCGGCUCUCCUUCGCUCAGGAGGAGGCUCGACGGAAGCAGCUGGAGGAGGAGGGGAAGAGGCUCGGUGCCGUCGGGACAGAAGAAGGUCAGAAGAGACACGAGCUGGAAUCUCAGGUGCAGCUGCUGCUCAGCCAGAAACGUGAAGCUGAGAACAAAUGGAAGGAAGUGCAGCAGGGCUCCAAUCGAAUGCUGCAAGAGAAGAGCAGCGAGAUAAAUCAACUCACGCGCAGUCUCGAGGAGGAGCGACGCGGGAAAAGAGCUCUGGAGGCAGAGAGAAGCCGACUGGAAAAAGAGUUGAUUGACCUCAAGUCUAAGAAUGAAACCUCUGGUGAUGAACUGGUGAAGCUUCGCUCAUCCCAUCAAGAACUGAGUCUCAUCCGGGUGGAGUUAGAGGCCCACGCCCUCGAGAAGAGCCGCUCCGAACAGACCAUCGUGCGGCUACAGACCCGCGUACAAGAACUCCAAGAGGAGCUGAAGCGCCUGGAGAGCGAGCUGGAGAAGCAGCGGCGAGCGGCGGAAGAUGAGGCCGGCAAGCGCAGGAAAAUGGAGACGCAACUUGAAAAGACAAACCAGGCUAUGCGGGAGUACACGACUACAAUUACCACACUGCGCAAGAGCCACGAAGAGACCAACGUCGAGGCCAAACAUGUGGACGAAGAGUGCAAGCGGCUGCAGGAAGCUCUGGACCGCAGUCUGAAGGAGAAUAAAGUGUCUUCUCAGAGUCUGACUGCUCUGAAAGCGGAGAUGAAUACUCUAAAAGUCCAGCUGACACAGGAGCAGGGCCGCAUCAAGGACGCUAACCAGCGCUACGACACCCUUCGCCAUACCCUCGAAGAGAAGACCACCACUCUUAACGUGAGCACCGUCGAGAUGGAGCGUCUGCAGAGAGUCAAUGAAACUCUCAGUAAAGAACGUCUCCGUCUGGAGGAAGAGUUGCGACGUGCGCGUCUGGAGUGCGAGGAACUGCUUAAAGGCAAAAAGAACGAAGAACGUGAAAUGGCCAAUCAGAUCGCAGCUCUGCAGAAACAGUUUGAAGCCAGCCAGCGUGCCAGCGCAGAACAUGACAGGAUUAUGCGGCAGCUCACACGAGAGCGAGAAAAACUGCAGCUGGAGAUAGAAAAUACACAAAAACAAGCCAGUGAGACAUCUUCUGUGAUCCAGAUCUCUCAGUCUCGAUACACUGAACUGCAGCAGGAACGUGAUGACCUCAUGAAGAAAAUCAAAAGCAUGGAACAGGAAAUGAUGCAUUUGAAAAAGCUGGAGGAUGAACUAGCACGUACCAAACUCUCAGCGGAGUCUGAACUGCGACUGAAAUUACAGCUGCAGGAGGAGAACGACAAGAUCAAGAAAGAUUUCACUCAAUGGAAGAGCACAUGUGAGACUCACGAGGAGAAAAUACGACAGCACGGCUCGGAGCGCUCUGCCCUGGAGAGUCAGUUGACCUCUGUCAAGAGUGAGAUGGAGAAGCUGAGGGCUCAACUGAGAGAGGUGGAAGAACGUUACAGACUGCAGUCCUCGACGCCUCUGCAGAAACUGGAUGGUGCUAAUAAAUAUACCCAAACAGACCAACCCGACUCCUCUAAUCUGGUAUUCGAUGGUGUCCGCAAGAAAGUCACGGCACAGCAGCUGCACGACUGUGGCGUGAUCGAAAAAGUGACUUUGGAGCAGUUAAUAAACAGUCAGCGGACCAUCCAGGAUGUAGCCAUUGAUAUUAGGCUCAAUCUGAAAGGCACAGGAGCCAUCGCUGGGCUGUCAGGCGGACCUAAAGGAAAGCUGACCUUCACAGAAGCCAAAAAACAAACAUUGCUCCCAGAAGAGAGUGGAAUCAUGUUAUUAGAAGCUCAAGCUGCCACAGGACACAUCAUAGAUCCCAGAGCUAAUGUGAGACUGACUGUUGAGGAGGCUUGUCUGAACGGACUGGUGGAUGAAACUGACAAGAAGCAGCUGUUGACUGCAGAGGCUGCCUGCGUUGGGUUCAGGGAUCCAAAAACCGGCAAGCUGCUGUCAGCCAGCCAAGCCACGAGGAAGGGAAUCAUUGAGCGGGACACGGCUCUUCGUCUUCUGCAGGCACAGGAGGCGGCAGGAGGAAUUCUUGAUCCCACCCUCAGUGUGUAUCUCUCUAAAGAUGCUGCCAUGGACCGUGAUCUCAUCGAUGAGGAUCUUUACCAAGCUCUAAAUGCAAGACCAGAGUGCUACGUCGAUCCAGACACGAGUCUUCGCACCACCUACGUUACCCUGAAGAAGCGCUGCAAAGCUGACCUCAGCACCGGCCUGCUCCUGCUUCCAGCCCCUGAAAAACCCAUGACCGUUCCCGGGCUACGUGCCGAAGUUAAUAUAUCAGAUCUGGUGGAUGCCAAACUGCUGGACGCUUCAGAUGUGAAUCAGUUGCGAGAGGGCAAGAUUACCAGCCAAGACAUAGAACAGAGGCUUCGGUUGUAUCUGCGAGAAUCAACCUGCAUCGCUGGGGUUUACGAUGAGGCCAAGGACUGCACUCUGACCAUCUACAAGGCCAUGAAGGACAAUCUUCUGCGUCCCGGCACGAGCUUGGAGCUUCUGGAGGCCCAGGCCGCCUCCGGCUUCGUGAUUGACCCCAUCCAUAAUGAGUACUACACUGUGGAAGAGGCCUGUAAGAAUGGACUGGUGGGUGUGGAGUUCAAAGACAAGCUUCUUUCUGCUGAGAGAGCGGUCACUGGGUACAAACACCCUGGCACCAAUAAGAUCAUCUCCCUAUUUGAAGCCAUCGAGAACAACAUCAUAGAGAAAGGUCAUGGCAUUCGCCUGCUAGAGGCUCAGAUCGCUAGCGGUGGCAUCAUCGAUCCUGAACGCAGUCACAGAAUUGAUGUAGAUGUUGCCUAUCAAAGGGGAUACUUCGGUGAGGAGAUGAACCAGAUUCUGAAGGAUGAAGGAGAUGACACCAAGGGUUUCUUUGAGCCCAACACAGAAGAGAAUCUAACCUACCUGCAGCUAAAGAGCCGUUGCAUUACAGACAAGAAGACGGGACUGGUACUCCUUCCUCUUCACGACAAGAAAAAGACUCAGCAGAAGAACUCGCUGAGGAAGAGAAGGGUGUUGAUCGUGGAUCCAGAAAAUAACAAAGAGAUGACGGUGCAUGAAGCUUACGAGAGGGAGCUCAUAGACUACGAGACGUUCCUGGAAUUGUCCCUGCAGGAGUGUGAGUGGGAAGAAACUGUCAUCACCGCUUCGGACGGCUCCACCAUAACAGCUAUAAUGGACAUGAAGACGGGCACUCAGUAUGACUUGAAAGAUCUGCUGAAGAAAGGUGUGAUCGACCAAGAUGUGUUCAACAGGUAUCGCUCUGGAGACGUCUCACUCACACAACUUGCUGAUCUGAUCACCAGCAGAACAAAGGCUUCCUCCUCCUCAUCAACAUCAUCGUUCACAUCCCAGGUGUCAUUUAAAAGCCAGACAACCAGAACUGAAACCACCCAAACUGUCGAAGGAGUCUCCGCGUCUCAAGAGCCGUCCUCAACGAACACUGCCAAGUAUUUUUCCAGCAUGUCCAUCAAGUUAGCUACGUUACUAGAAACCGUAGAGGAACAGAAUCCAGUGGGGGCCAUCUUUGACACAGAGAAGCUUGAGAAGAUUAGCGUGUGUGAUGCUCUGAAGAGAGGAAUCAUCGACUCAAUCACAGCACACAGGCUGCUGGAGGCACAAGCCUGCACCGGUGGCAUUGUGAAUCCGGAAAACGGUCGCCGCGUGUCCAUUCAGGAGGCCACCCGUCUCGGUGUGAUCAAUGACGACAUGGCUAACAGAUUAAAACCCGCACAGAAAGCUUACAUUGGUUUUGAAGAUGUGAAAACCAAGCGCAAGAUGUCCACCGCUGAGGCGGUGAAAGAAAAAUGGCUGCCGUACGAAGCGGGUCAGCGCUUUCUUGAGUUCCAGUAUUUAACAGGCGGGCUGUUUGACCCUGAGCUCGGGUCCAGACGUACACUUGAAGAGGCUCUGCAGCUGGGCUGGCUGGACAUGAGGGCUGCUCAGAGGCUUCAGGACACACGGCACCACCCCAAGACCCUUACCUGCCCCAAGACCAAACUGAGGAUCUCUUACAAGGAGGCUCUAGAAGGCUGCAUGAACGAAGAGAACACGGAUGUGCGCAUGCUUCCCGCCGCCACGGUUUCAUCGCGUGGAAUCAGCAGCCCUCACAAUCUUUCCAACCCCGGAUCUGCCUCCGGCUCCCGCAGCGGGUCACGCAGGGGAAGUGUGGAUCACACUUUGUCUCCCUCGUCCGCCUCCAAACACAGCAGCUUCAGCUACAACAGAACUUCUUUCAGCUCAAGAUCCCUCUCCUGAAGCAUCCAUGAAAGUAUUUCUGAUCACUACAUUAGAACAUUGAAUGAAAUCAAACCACCCAAAGCAAAAUCACUUUAAAGCAAUGUAACACCACGUUCAAAGAAACACUGGAAAUGUUUUCAAGAAAGCAGGCUUGUUUUUAGAAAACGGAACCAUAUUGUUAAUGUGGUUCUGUGGAAUGUAUUAGUGUCUUUGGUUACACUUUAUUUUACAGUGCCCGUGUUAUAGUGUAAUUAUACAUUUAAGUACUGAGUAAUAAUAAUUAACUACAUGUACUUACUAUAGGGUAAGGGUUAGGAUUGGGGUGUGGUUUAGGGGUAGUUACAUGUAAUUUUGCAUAAUGUGUAGUAAAUACAUGUAAUAUGUGUAACAAGGGCACAGUAAAAUAAAGUGUUGCCUUGUCUUUUAUUAAUCUCUCUCUUUACUUACAGUCUGGGGGUUUAGAAGCUUCUGAAAUAUAUUAAAGAGAUUGAAGAGUAGUUGUUGACUUUAGAUGGGUGAAGAUAUCACUUUAUUUUUCUUUCUUAACACCACUGAAUGUUUAGUAUCUUAAGCUUUUUCAAAGGUUUCUUCAUGGCUUUGUGAAGUUAACAUCUAAUAUGAUUUUUGACUUUUUAUUCUGAAGUGUUGCUUAAAUAAAGACUUGUCAAAAUGA